CUCUAAGCUAGCUACUCAUCCAAAUGAUUUGGCCUCUAGUCGUAACACUUUGCUCUGCGUCAUGCGUGCACGCGCAUCUCCAGAUGAGCAGCAUCUUUUCGGACGGCGCCAUCAUGCAGACGACCGAAGAAGGCGGCCAUUCUCCCGUCAUCUUCGGACAAUCCAACGCCUCAUCCUUGAUACAAAUCACCAUCAAAGGACCACUCAAUCUAACCACUGCUGCAGACAGCAAGGGCAACUGGCGGGUCACGGUUAAGGAAACUCCGAGCAAUCCGGGUCCUUACAACAUCUCAAUUGUCGAGUAUCCACCCAGUGGAGACUCACCACUGGACACGUUUAACAUGUCGGACAUCUUUUUUGGUGACGUCUACUUUUGCAGCGGCCAGUCGAAUAUGGCAUUUACAAUGCACGGCAUAUGGAACGCCACCGACGAGCUGGCAAACGCCAAUCACACCAACAUCCGUCUCUUCAAGGCGAGAGGAAGUUGGAUGCCGUGCAAUAACGCCACGGUAGCCUCGUUUUCGGCCGUUUGCUACUUGUCGGGUCGUGAUAUCAUGACCAUGCACACCGGAUCGAGAUAUAUGGGCCUUAUCGAGUCCGCCGUGGGUGGCACGGGCAUUCAACUGUGGGCAUCUAAUGAAACAGAGAUGACAUGCGGACAGGAGGCGGUCAGACUGAAGGAGAACUACAAGGCGGCCUCACUGUAUGAGACCAUGGUGUUGCCCUAUCUUCCCUACGCGGUGCGCGCCGCGUUUUGGUAUCAAGGCGAGGCGAAUGCGGACGAGUGCUGUCCGAUUGGACGAGAAGACUACUCGUGCUACAUGGAGCACAUGAUCACAGACUGGCAGGGGGUGUGGGGCUACAAGGUACCAUUCGUUCUCAUCCAGUUGCACGCGUGGGGCUACAUGGUAUGCGACAUGGAGCAAGUGCUGGCUAAUGAGUUAGAGAGCGGCAUCAGGCUGGCGCAGUGGGACGUCGGACGGCGCAAUAUCAGCAACGUCGCUCUCGUGUCGGCCGUCGACCUCGGGGGGCCCCUCCAUCCUCCAUACAAAUCCGAAGUCGGCAGGAGAGUGGCAUUAGCCACCGUGGCGACGGUUUUCUAUCAGGACAUCAAGUGGCAGUAUCCGUACAUUCGCAAUGCGACCGGAAAUUACACAAAGGGAAUGUUUAGUAUCGAGCUUUAUAUUGAAAAUGGCGACGGUCUGCGUCUGGUGGAGACACCCACGUGUAAUCAAUCGGAUGCGACUAAAUGUUCGGUGUACUGCUGCAAGAACGGGGCGCCAGGGAUGUUUAUCCUUCUGGGGUAUAACUGGAGCUCGUUCUAUAACGCCAACGCGUAUAACUUGCAGGUGGUUGAUAUCAAGGAUCAUUACAUUCGGCUAUCGAUGCUGGCAAAGGAUACGUACAAGGGGAAACCUCACGUGACGCGGAUACUCUAUCAAGUGGCGUCCGAGCCGUUUUGUUCGGUUGUCAACGGGCAGGGGAUAGCCAUGCCGACUCAGGGACCCAUUCCUUUCUGAUCUAUAGUGUUGGAACGUUUGUGUGCGACAAGCUGCACGUAGGCGAUCGCGUCGGUUUUUCGUUUGUGUUUGAGUUUUUAUUGUCUCAACUAGAUGUACACUGCAUGCAAUGCGUCUCUAGACAUAACUGUUUUUUGAAAACGUGAUAUCCACUUUGUU